AUGUGGCAGGGCAGCCCUCGAAAGCAAUCUGCAGACGACCCAAAGUCUGGGGUUGCCCAACGCCUAAGGCAACCCCCGGGGAAGCAGCAGAUACUCAACAUCGGCGACGCCGCCCAGCUGGCAGAGCGCAAGACAAAGAACGACCCUGGCGACUACCGCGCCAUGGUCCAAGAAAAGGCGAGAGAGCGGUUUAUGAAGAUGGGUUAG